GCCCUGGGAGCUGGAAAUAAAGUGGAGGGAGGGUUGGGCUGAGCAGGGCAGGAUUGGAAGGUUAAAAGGCUGUGAGCUGGAGGCCCAACACUAUCCAGCUGACGAGGAUGGAAUACGCCAUGAAGUCCCUCAGCCUUCUCUACCCUAAGUCCCUCUCCAGGUACACGGCAGUGAGCACUUCGGUGGUGACCCAGCAGCAGCUGUCGGAGCCCAGUGCAGAGGCCUCCAGGGCCCGGCCCUGCAGAGUAACCACUGCUGACCGGAGUGUGAGGAAGGGCAUCAUGGCGCACAGUCUUGAAGACCUCCGUGUCAAGGUCCGGGAUACCCUGAUGCUGGCAGACAAGCCUUUCUUUCUGGUGCUGGAGGAAGAUGGCACAACUGUAGAGACAGAAGAGUAUUUCCAAUCCCUGGCAGAUGACACCGUGUUCAUGGUCCUCCACAAGGGGCAGAAAUGGCAGCCCCCAUCAGAACAGAGCACUAGGUACCAGCUCGCCCUCUCCCGCAAGCCUGCCAAGAUCGAUGUGGCCCGAGUAACCUUCGACCUAUACAAGGUGAACCCACAGGACUUCAUUGGCUGCCUGAACGUGAAGGCAACUCUCUAUGGCACAUACUCCCUCUCCUAUGAUCUGCACUGCUCCGGGGCCAAGCGCAUCAUGACGGAAGCUCUCCGCUGGGCCCUCUUCGGCAUGCGUGCCACAGGCCACAUGCUGCUCGGCACCUCCUGUUACCUGCAGCAGCUCCUGGAUGCCACAGAGCGGGGACAGCCCCCCAAGGGCAAAGCCACAUCCCUCAUCCCAACCAGUCUGAAGAUGCUGCAGUGAAAGCCCAGCCAAGGACCAGACUGGGGACCCCAUGCUCAGCUGGUAGCACCCACAAGCCUGGCAGCUUAGAGAGCUUCUUACCUUCCCACAUCUCCCUCAGCUCUACGGGACCAUGAAUGAGGAAGUGGGGGGAAGGGCCUGAAACCUGGGCUGGGCCAGCCAAAGGAGAAAGGAGGGCUCUUCGCCUGGCCUGGCUCCAGGCCCCAGGUAGCUUAGCGGACUAAGACUCGUCACUAGCAGGCAAUGGCAGGGAGGCUGCCCCUCAGCAAGCUGUCUUCACGUGCUACUUUCAUUACACUGCCUGCCUCCCGGUCUCUCAUCUCAAAUGCUCCUGAGUCAACCCACUUGUGUGGGUUAGAGAGGUCACAAUAAACUAUAUAUGCUGAUA